UGGAAAACUUAUUCAAGUUUCAAUGGAUGGUCCUAAUGUUAAUUGGGAGGUUCUUAAAAUGUUAAAUGAGCAUAGACAGGAAAAACGAUAUUCUGACAUUUUUAAUAUGGGCAGUUGCAGCUUGCAUGUUGUUCAUGGUGCCCUACAGACAGCAAUAAACUCCCAAAAGUGGGAGUUGGAAAAAAUAUUUCGUGCAAUGUAUAAUCUUUUCAAAGAGUCACCAGCUAAAAUAGAUGAAUAUAUUAGAGUUUGUGAAACAGAUCUGCUUGCUUUACCUUUCUGUGCAACUCGCUGGGUAGAAGAUGAAGGUGUAGCUUCUAGAGGCAUUGUUGUAUGGCCAAACAUGGUUAAAAUUAUAAAGUAUUGGGAAUCAUUAUGCAAAAGCAAACGUCCUAAAAAUAAGAGCUAAAGUUUUGGUAGAUCAUCAUCUACACAAGUUUGUACCUUUGCCUAUGCAGUUUUUCAAAGAUCUGGCUAAAAAAUUGAAAGGGUUUCUAGUGCUAUUUCAAACAGACAGACCUAUGGUUGCAUUUUUAUCUAAUAGUUUAGAAAGUAUAUUGCGAAG